AUGCUAGGAGCCAGACCAGUACGUCUCUCGUUCCUUCCUCCAGAGAAACGAUUCAGACUAAUAAACUCCAAGUCAGUUGAAGAUCUCGCAUUAGCUCUGCACGAGCAUAUCUUUGCUCAGCCCCAAGAGAGAUUCGCGAACCAGCCCUGGGAGUUGGUCAAGGCCAUCGAGACCUUCGCACAGAACAAGCGGAUGAUGAUCUUCAAACAGAACAAGCUAACCUUAGCACGUCAACAACUUCACGGUCUGCAGCCACCUCCGAAGACAAUAAUCGAAUUCGGUACCUACGUUGGCAACUCCGCCAUCGCCUGGGGUGCGAUUCUACGCGAUUUGCAUGGUGGGAAUGUGCACGAUUGCAACGUCUAUACUUUUGAACUGAGCUCAGUAAGUGCUCGGGUUGCUCGAGACCUCGUUCGCCUGGCUGGGCUGGAAGACCUUGUUCGUGUCCUUGAGGGACCUGCUGCGGAAUCGCUCAAGAAGCUGCAUAUAGAGGGAAAGGUGAAGCCGAGAGCAGUGGAUAUGGCGUUCUUCGAUCACUGGGAGAAGUUCUAUUUGCCUGACUUGCAGCUCUGUGAAGACCUCAAUCUUUUCCACAGAGGAUCUCUAGUCAUUGCGGAUAAUACCGACUUUCCUGGAGCUCCUGACUAUCUGGCAUAUGUCAAGGCUGGGGGUCGAGGAGGGAAGGGGACUGUUCGCUAUGAUAGUCAGUCAUUGAAAGCGGUAGCGGAAGAGGGUCAUCCGAGUGAUGCUGCACGAUUCCAAGCAUUGAAGUCCCUUCCUCAGCAGGACGAUUGUCCGAAUCCUAUCCACAAUGUACAUCAAAUACCUUCCCCCACAUACAGAUCGCGAUUGACCAACUUCAAACACAGGACCGUCUUCUCCCUCAUCAUCAUCAACAAAGCGGGCGGCUUGAUCUACCAGCGCGAAUUCCAGCCAGGACUGCGCAAACUCUCCACAAACGACUACCUCGUCCUAGCAGGGACGUUUCACGGCGUCCACGCCAUCACCCGCUCCAUCACCCCCAAGAUCCCCGUCUCCGCGCCCCUCCCAGCAACACCCGCUUCCUCCUCCUCAAACGUCGCCCUAUCGUCUCCCUCGGGCACAUCCACCCCGACGCCGGCAGCGUCGGCAUACAGCCUACCUAACCCCGGCGUACCAGUGACGGGCCUGGAAUCGCUCGAGACCGAUAAGUUCCGGUUAACGUGUUUCCAGACUUUGACGGGAACCAAGUUCCUCUUGUUCACGGAUCCGCUCAUGGCGAACAUCGAUGCGGUGAUGAAGAAGAUCUACGAGUUAUAUUCGGACUAUGUGAUGAAGAAUCCUUUUUAUCAGCUGGAGAUGCCUGUCCGGUGUGAGGCGUUUGAUCGACAUCUAGGCGGUUGGUUGAGAGGGAGGACAUGA